CAACUGCGUGCGCUCUUAAUCGUCCCGGAGUCUGCCCGUUCCAUCUGGCUUUGCAAUGGACUCUCGGAAGGCAAACCUAUGUGACUGUUCCAGACAUUCCUCUCACACGUCCGGCGUACCUUCAGAUUGAGGGAUUUAUUGUUCAGCAUUGCUGUUAUACUUCAUCGCGUCUCGUUCUUUCUUUAGUGGCGGCCCCCUCACCACCGCAACUAUGACUGCCGACCCGAAACCCGCACCGGCAGAGUUGUGGAGGCAUCCGGACCCCCAUUCAACGCACAUGUACAAGUUUCUGGAGCACGUCAAGUCGAAAUACAGCGUGGAAAUUGACGAUUACCCGGGAUUGUACAAGUGGUCAGUCGAGAACAUCGCCGAAUUCUGGGAGGAGAUGUGGCAUUUCUGCGACAUCAAGGCGUCGAGGCAGUACGAUCAGGUGCUUCCUAAGGAUGCACCAAUGUUUCCCCGUCCGGACUUCUUCCCCGGUUCCACCCUCAACUUCGCAGAGAACCUGCUGUUUCCUCAAGGUUGUACCGAGUCCAGCACGGCUGUGAUCACAGUCACUGAGGUCGAAGGCCAGGUCACUUACACCACCUGGUGGGAGCUGCGGGAUGCAGUACGCCGAUGCUCAAGUUCUCUGCGGGCUGCAGGACUCAAGCGCAAUGACAUCGUUGCUGGGUUCGUAUCCAAUCAUGUUCAGGCGCUUGUAGCCAUGCUAGCUGCCGCAUCCAUCGGGGCCAUCUGGACGGGUAUAAGUCCGGAUAAUGGAGUCAGUGCGGUGCUGGAUCGACUGGCUCAGAUUGGACCCAAGGUUUUGUUUGCAGACAACACAACCGUGUACAACGGAAAAUUCUGGUCAAGCACAGAUAAGACAUCCCAGAUAGUUGAUGAAUUAAGAACCAAGGGUCUGGAGCUGGUCGUCGUGAUUAACAAUAUCGAGGGUGACUUGGGGUUGGAAGAUCUGCUAGCUAAGGGGGUUGCGGCAAAGGAGUAUGAAAGUUUCUUGGAGAGUUCCAAGGAUGCGCCCCUGAAAUUUGAACAGCUGCCCCCUUCUCACCCGCUUUACAUCCUCUACUCUAGCGGCACCACCGGUCUACCCAAAGCAAUCGUUCAUACUGCUCUGGGCACCUUGAUACAACACAAGAAGGAGCACUACCUCCACUGCAAUAUGAACCCGCAAUCGAGGAUGCUCUACUACACAACUACAUCGUGGAUGAUGUGGCACUGGAGCAUCUCGGCGCUUGCAUGUGGCGUCAGUCUCGUGCUGUAUACGGGAUCUCCCUUCAAGCCCCACGGCUAUCUCUCCAUCCCGAAACUCCUAGCCGAGCUGGAUGUCACUCACUUCGGAACUUCAGCAGCAUACCUGACGACGCUCGAGACCCAUGGCGUCUACCCUAACCAGACCAUCGAUCUUCCUCACCUGGAAGCAAUCUACUCAACCGCAUCGCCUUUGCCACCGUCGACGUUCUCGUUCUUGUACAAAGCCUUCCCCUCGCGCAUCAACCUCGGUUCAAUCACUGGGGGAACAGAUAUCAUCUCAUUGUUUGGAACCCCAUGUCCACUCCUCCCAGUCUAUGUGGGUGAGAUUCAGUGCGCUGGUCUGGGAAUGGCUAUUUCGGUUGCCGACUCCAUCACGGGCGAGCCAACACCUGGUGAAGAUGGCGAGCUGGUCUGUACAAAGCCGUUCCCCUGUCAGCCUUUGACAUUCUGGGGACAGGGUGGCGAUGCCAAGUACAAGUCCAGCUACUUCGAGCGAUUUGAUGGUAUCUGGCACCAUGGCGACUUUGUUAGGAUAGACACCCAAACUGGCGGGAUGGCCAUGCUGGGGCGAUCAGAUGGUGUUCUAAAGCCGGCAGGUGUUCGAUUCGGGUCUGCUGAGAUCUAUAACGUGCUGAUCAAGUUCUUUGGAAGCGAGGUUGAGGACGCCGUUUGCGUUGGCAGGAGGAGGGAGACGGAUCGCGACGAGACGGUCUGUUUGUUCGUGGUCAUGUGCGAGGGCAAGACUUUUACACAUGAACUACAAGAAAGGAUUAAGACUGUAAUCAGAAAAGAGUUGAGCCCGCGGCAUGUGCCUGGUGUUGUUGAGGAGUGUGGUGCAGGAAUUCCAAAGACAGGCAACGGCAAAAAGAUUGAGGUCGCGGUAAAGCAGAUUCUCUCUGGUAUGAAGAUUAAGACGAAUGCAAGUGUGGCGAACCCAGAGACUUUGGCUUGGUUCACUGAAUGGGCGGCAACACACGAAUAGAUACGUGCUGCGGUAACCUAGAACAUGGCGGAAACCCACAAUGAAGAGACUGGAUGCCUCGCAUGUGGAUACACCACAAUAUAUAUUUAGAUGAUGUGCCAAGGGGCAAAAUAUAAAAAAGAGAAUUGCAACUG